AUGCAGGACAAGGAGCUCCAGAGCCUGCGGGCGGAGGUCGCCGGGCUGAGGGAGGAGAACGCGCAGCUGCGCCGGCUGACGACCGACGAGGACAAGACUCUGUUGCUGUGGAAGGUGGAGGCGCUGACGAAGCAGUGCGAGGUGCUGCAGGCGUACAGCGACCGACUGGAGGCCGGAAGGAGCUCCCUGGAGGCUGCGCGGCUGCGGGAGCGGCAGGCCCACCGCGCCCAGCGGGCGGAGAUGGAGCGGCAGCUGGCCACGCUCGCGGGCGCCCUGCCGGGGCCCGAGGCGCAGGGUGCCGGGGCUGCCCCGGCGGCGCCCGCCGAAGAGCGGCGCGGGGCGGCGGGCUCUGCAGAGGAGGAGGCGAACCACGAGCUGCUGGCCGUCCUGGAGAUGAUCGGCAGGUCGUGCCCGCAGGCGCGGCCCUUCCUGGCGCCCCUGUCGCAGUUCAGCUUCCUGGCCGACGAGGAGGUGGAGGCCGCCGAGGCCGCUCGGGUGCCCGAGGCGGCGCCGCUGGCCCGGCGCGAGGCGGCCGCGGAGGCCACGACGCUCGCACAGGCGUCCAGGCCACGGGCCGAGCCGGCCCUGCCCGAGGCGCCCGCCGCCGCGCGUGCCGGGGCCUCGGCCGAGGCCCCCUGCCGAGCCCUGCGCGCUCCCGCCGAGGGGGCCGAGGCGUCCCCGAGCGCCCCGCCGGCCCCGUCGGCUCCGCAGCCCUCGCCGGCGCUGCAGGCGCCGCAGGCGCUGCAGGCGCCGCAGGGGCCGCAGGAGCCGCAGGCGCAGCAGUCGCGGGCCGCGCAGGUGCUCCAGGCGCAGCCGGAGCAGCCCGAGGCCGAGGCGGGGGCUGCCGCUGCGCAGGCGCAGGCGGAGGCGCGCGCCCGCGAGCGCGCAGAGGCAGAGGCCCAGGCCCGGGAGCGCCUAGAGGCGGAGGCGCAGGCUCGCGAGCGCGCUGACGCUGAGGCGCGUGUCGAGGCGCAGGCGCAGGCGCAGGCGCAGGCGCUCGCAGAGGCACAUGCGCUCGCGCAGGCGCAGGCGCAGGCGCAGGCGCAGGCGCUCGCGCAGGCGCAGGCGCAGGCGCAGGCGCAGGCGCAGGCGCAGGCGCUUGCACAUGCCCAGGCGCAGGCGCAGUCGCCCGCGGAGCUGGCCACGGUGCAGAACGGGCAGGCUGCGGCGCAGACGCAGAGCCCGGUGGCAGCGCCGCAGCCCUCUCAACAGAGCUGCGCCGAUCUUCCGCCUGGCUGGGCAGCGUACACGAGCCCAGAGGGAUACGUGUUCUACCACAACCAGGCUACUGGUGCAUCGCAGUGGGAGAGACCUUCGGCGUAG